GAGCCAACCACACAGAAUAAAGAAGAGAACUGGAGGAGCAGAUCUCUCAAGGAAGAAGACAGAUUCCGUUCUGUCAGGUUCCUCUGAGUGUGUGUAAGUGCGAGUCAGAGGAGAGAGAGAAAGGAGAGAGGAAAAGGCAGAGGGAGAGAGGGGGAGAGGGGAUCUGUUGCAGGCAGGGGAAGGCGUGACCUGAAUGGAGAAUGCCAGCCAAUUCCAGAGACACACAGGGACCUCAGAACAAAGAUAAGGCAUCGCUGACACCACACCAAGGAUCAGCUCACAGACAAGUCAGGCCGGGAGGACCAAGGCCAGGCAGCCGGGAUCACCCAAGGCAGGAAAAUGAGGUGGCUCCUUCUCUAUCACACUCUGUGCUUCUCCCUGAUGAAGGCUUUGGCCCACACUGUGGAGCUUAACAAUAUGUUUGGUCAGAUCCAGUCACCUGGCUAUCCAGACUCCUACCCAAGUGAUUCGAAAGUGACUUGGAAUAUCACUGUCCCAGAGGGAUUUCGGAUCAAGCUAUACUUCAUGCACUUCAACUUGGAAUCCUCCUACCUUUGUGAAUAUGACUAUGUGAAGGUAGAAACUGAAGACCAGUUGCUGGCAAUCUUCUGCGGCAGGGAGACCACAGACACCGAGCAUACCCCUGGCCAGGAAGUGGUCCUCUCCCCUGGCUCUUUCAUGUCCAUCACUUUCCAGUCAGAUUUCUCCAAUGAGGAGCGAUUCACAGGCUUUGAAGCCCACUACAUGGCUGUGGAUGUGGAUGAAUGUACGGAGCGGGAGGACGAAGAGCUGUCCUGUGACCACUACUGCCACAACUACAUCGGCGGCUACUACUGCUCCUGCCGCUUCGGCUACAUCCUCCACACAGACAACAGGACCUGCCGAGUGGAAUGCCAAGACAAUCUCUUUACUCAGAGGACCGGUGUGAUCACCAGCCCAGAUUUCCCCAACCCUUACCCUAAGAGCUCUGAAUGCUUCUAUGCAAUCGAACUAGAGGAGGGUUUUGUGAUCAGCCUGCAGUUUGAGGAUAUUUUCGACAUCGAGGACCAUCCAGAGGUGCCCUGCCCCUAUGACUACAUCAAGAUUAAAGCUGGUUCAAAACUUUUGGGACCCUUCUGUGGAGAGAAAGCCCCAGAACCCAUCAAUACCCAGACCCAUAGCAUCCAGAUCCUGUUCCGCAGUGACAACUCAGGCGAGAAUCGGGGCUGGAGGCUCUCAUACAAGGCGACAGGGAACAAGUGUCCAGGGCUACAGCCUCCUGUCCAUGGGAAAAUUGAGCCCUUGCAAGACAAGUAUUUCUUCAAAGACCAGGUGCUCGUGAGCUGUGACAAAGGCUACAAAGUGCUGAAGGAUGACGUGGAGAUGGACACAUUCCAGAUCGAGUGUCUGAAGGAUGGGAUGUGGAGUAACAAGAUUCCCACCUGUAAAAUUGCAGACUGUGGAGCCCCAGCAGAACUGAAACAUGGGCUGGUCACCUUCUCCACCAGUAAUAACCUCACCACAUACAAAUCUGAGAUCAGAUACUCCUGCCAGCAGCCCUUCUACAAGAUGUUCCACAAUAUAACAGGUAUAUAUACCUGUUCUGCCCAAGGAGUCUGGAUGAAUGAAGUACUGGGGAGAAACCAACCCACCUGCCUGCCAGUGUGUGGUCAGCCCUCCCGCUCUCUGCCAAACCUGGUCAAGCGAAUCAUCGGGGGCCGAAAUGCUGAGCCCGGCCUCUUCCCAUGGCAGGCCCUGAUAGUGGUGGAGGACACCUCCAGGGUGCCAAACGACAAGUGGUUUGGGAGCGGGGCCCUGCUUUCUGAGUCCUGGAUCCUCACAGCAGCCCACGUGCUCCGCUCCCAGCGCAGAGACAACACAGUGACGCCGGUCUCCAAGGAGCAUAUCACUGUCUACCUGGGCCUGCACGACAUACGGGACAAAUCAGGAGCAGCCAACAGCUCAGCUGCCCAAGUGGUGCUCCAUCCAGACUUCAACAUCCAGAACUACAACCACGACAUAGCUCUGGUACAGCUACAGGAGCCUGUGCCACUGGGACCCCAUGUCAUGCCCAUCUGCCUGCCAAGGCCCGAGCCUGAAGGCCCAGCACCGCACAUGCUGGGCCUGGUGGCUGGCUGGGGCAUCUCCAAUCCUAAUGUGACGGUGGAUGAGAUCAUCAGCAGUGGCACACGGACGUUGUCAGAUGUCCUACAGUAUGUCAAGUUACCCGUGGUGCCACACGCCGAGUGCAAAACCAGCUACGAGUCCCGCCUGGGCAACUAUAGCGUCACAGAGAACAUGUUCUGUGCUGGCUACUAUGAGGGUGGCAAGGACACAUGCCUUGGAGAUAGUGGUGGGGCCUUUGUCAUCCUUGAUGACUCAAGCCAGAGCUGGGUGGCCCAAGGCCUGGUGUCUUGGGGGGGCCCUGAAGAAUGUGGCAGCAAGCAGGUCUAUGGAGUCUACACAAAGGUCUCCAACUAUGUGGACUGGGUGUGGGAGCAGAUGGGCUCCCCACAAGGCCUGGGGGAGCUCCAGGUAGAGCGAUGAGCUGGCUGGCCUCCUGAGGGCCUGCCUGCCCUGCCCCAGCUGAAUUAGGCUGACCACACACUUCUGACGGCACACUCCAUGUUAUUCACCAGACUAAUGGAAUGGAACAUGCUGCUCCCAUCCUCCUGAGACAGCCAAGGACUGUGAGAGACAGCAGUGUGGCACAGGAAAAAGUCUCCACACAAGAGACCUGAGUCCAUGGCCCCGGGACAGUCCCUCCCCAUCUCCAGGCCUCACUGUCUUCAGCAACACAAGGGAGUCUGGAUGCCCAGGCCAGUCCUAGCACUCCUCUCCAGGACCACUUUGCCCCACUGACAUUAUUCACUCCUAUUCACUUAUCAACCCCACUAUUGGUGUCACCGGGCCUGAUUUUUAGAAAACGUUUCCUUACAUUGAGUUGAAAUCUGAGUUUAUAUAUUUUCCCAACUCUGUCCUUCUUGGCACAGACAAGUCUAGUCCCUCCUCUAGGAGAAAACCACUCAGGUUUGGGGAGAUAGGGGUCAUACCUCAAAAGCCCCUCCGUCCUCAUGUAAGCCCUGCAGCACUCUUAUCCCUCGGGUCUCUCUCCCAAAAUCUUUUUGCAAUCCAAGCCUUAACCCUUAUGUUGCCUGUUCAAGGGAUUUCAAAGGACAAGGAGAAAACUGGGAAGGUUUGGGUGACUGGGGGUGGGGGGUGGGAGAGUAGCAGUGGGAGGCUCCCCAACCCUGUUAAAUUCAUAUUGUCAACUCAGAGACACGUCAUUUGGGCCCAUACAUCACUCUCAAAUACCAGCUGACAGCCCGGUGAGACCACACCUGCCAUUCCAGACAAGCAUGAAGCAACCUUCUAGCCUUGAAAUAUGUCAUCUGAAAAGACUGCCUGAGCCCCAGCCCCAGGCAUAAAGACUCAUCUGGAUCAUUUGGAAAAAGAGAAGGCCCACAUUGUGCCCUGCUGUGCUUCUGGGCAGGAAAAUGGAAAAAAAGUUGGGCCCAGAAUGUUUGGAGUGACCUGCUCCCACCAGGCUGCCCAGGGUACCCACAGUCUGAGCUCUUCAGAGAAUUCACCCAGCAUGGAUGUUCAGAGGGAUGAACUCCUCCAGCUUCCAGGGAAGCAGAGACUUGCCCGCGAAAGGCUGGUGAGAAGAGACAGAGCCAGGAGUCUUGGGCUCUAGCCCCAACUCUGCCCGCAAGUGGCAGUAUAACCUUUGACUAAUCACUUUCCCUCUCUGGGCUUCAGUUUCCCCAUCCGUAAAAGGAAGGUACUAGAUCCCUCUCAGGGUCCUUCCAGCUCCAACACUCCAACUGCCAGCAGCCUGUCCCUGGCGCUCAUGGUGCUGAUGGUCCUCCUUCUCCCGGAGCUUGCUCUCCUGGGAUUCUCCAUCCAUGAAAAACAGCCACAGAAGCCCCUGAGAAGGGAGUCCAAGAGAAUAAUUGGGAAGUGUCCACUUUUCUAAUCGGUUCAUGAAACUACACUCCUAUGUCUAUGAACGGUGCAUGUAGAGAAUGCUGUACAUUGUAUAUUUUAUAUCACAUGCUUCACUACUCUGUAAGGUGCCUCUGCACUCUGUUUCUCCUGUCAGGGGUCUAAAGUGGAAAUAAACCCUCUGUGGAUAAUCAA